GUCCUCCUCCAUCCUCCAGCCACUGCUGCUGUCUAACCCCAGCCCAAACCAGCGCAAUCAACCAGUCCAUCAGAGUCCCUACCUCCCUGGAAGCUGCUGGGCUCCAUUUGAGAGCCAAAAGCAUCUAAAGGACCCACAUGAGGCUCGCGGCUUUCCUGAGUGUGCUGGGCCUGGUGCUGCAAGAGGCAGGGACAGCUUCGCUGGCAGAAGAGAGGAAGAGGAGGGAAGAGCCGCGCCUGAGCCUGGGUGACUCCAGUGAGGUCACCGGCCUGAGAAACUGUGAGCACCAUGAGGGGCUCACGGACUGCAGGGACCGCCUUCCUGAGGACAGAGCGACCAGCCAGGACCCUCCACCCAUGAUCGGUCCCACACAGAACACUGUAGCUACAGGAAUACCAUCAUCCAAACCUGCAGUGACCAGGCCUAUCUUGCCAACUACGCCAGGCUUACCAGGCUCCCCAACCAGCCAAGGCCUGCCCACUUGCCUGGUCUGUGUAUGCCUCGGUCCCUCUGUGUACUGCGAUGACACUGACCUGGGAAGCAUCCCUCCCGUCCCCCGGAUGACCACCUACCUGUAUGCCCGUUUUAACCGCAUCAGCCGUAUCAGGGCCGGAGACUUCAGAGGGCUGACAAAACUGAAAAGGCUUGACCUCUCCAGCAACUUCAUCUCCGCCAUCGAUGACGAUGCCCUCCACCUGCUGCCGGCUCUGCAGGAUCUGAUCCUGUCUGAGAACCAACUGGUAGCACUGCCUGUGCUGCCCAGUAGCAUUGAGCUCCUAGAUGUCCGCCUAAAUCGGCUCCGGAGCUCGGGGAUACAGCCCGGGGCUUUCGGGGCCCUGCAGAAGCUGCAAUUCCUCUACCUGGCAGACAACCGGCUGGAUUCUGUCCCUGGGCCUCUGCCCCUGAGCCUGCGCUCUCUACAUCUGCAGAAUAACAUGAUAGAGACCAUGCCAAGCGACGCCUUCUGCGACUUGGAGGAGCACAGACACACCCGCAGGCUGCUGGAAGACAUCCGCCUGGACGGGAACCCUAUCGACCUCAGCCUCUUCCCCAGUGCCUACUUCUGCCUGCCCCGGCUCCCCAUUGGCCGCUUCACCUCACCCCCACAGGCCUCUCCUCCCAGGUAGAGCCCACCAAGGACGCACGGUGCCCAGCCCCCAAGUUUAAAGUGCACUAGACAGCCUCAUGAUCCAGUUGCAAAAAUCACUGCCUCACACACACACACACACACACACACACACACACACACACACACUGCAGAUCCCUUCAGCAGCCAGAUUCGCUUUUUCCCCACCUCUUUCCUUCACACCUUAUGUCUCCUGGCUCAGAGAAGAGCAGCGUCUGCAGGAGAGCUCUUUUCCACCUCCCCAUCCCUCCUGCCCACACUGAACGCCAGGAAAGCCAUGAACGAGGAGGAGAGAGAGAAGAAGGCAGAGGCUGAAGAGGGCAGGGAGAGGAGGAGAAGCAGCAGCUAGCUCUUACCAACUAGGGGGCUUGCAAGAAACUGGUGAUUAAAUUUUCUAGCAGCUUGAAAGUCGGUUGUUAAACACAGCCAUUAUGAAAAAGUAAAUUAUAUAACCUCACAAUUAAACGUAUUCUAUUGAAAACAAAUGUAA